AUGAAGCCGGGAAGGCCCGGUAAACGGGUGAGGGCUGAUGAAUCUUUUUUCGAUCAAGGAAACAAUGAAAACUCCGGGUCGUACCUCAAAAUCAAACUCCUCUCGGGGAAAACACUUAAAUCCAGAGGCUGGCCAUGGGUGCAGUUAGGUGUUAGAGGUGUCCUGGGGGAUGUUGACAAGUUGGAAAAGGCUAGUUUUUUGACUGAUGGAUCUUUGCUCGUCAAAACGAAACAUGCUCUCCAAACUGAAAAGUUUCUGAAAGUUAGGAAAUUUGCAAAUGAGGACUGUGAAGUAUUGAAAGAUGAAAGGCUGAACACAUCACGGGGCACUAUUCGUGCAUAUGACUUAGAAGAACUUAGCGAGGACGAGGUGGUCCAGUGGCUAAAGGACUUUGGGGUUGUUGGAGCAAAGCGCUUCACCAGGAAAGUGAAUGGACAAACACAAGGGACCCCAACCCUGCUACUUACCUUUGACAGACCAUCCUGCCCAACAAAACUGCAAAUGGACUAUGUGACAUACCACGUGCACACGUAUAUACCAAACCCCCUGCUGUGCUACCGGUGCGGCAAAUUUGGGCAUGCUCAGGAGCGAUGCACUAAAGACAAGGUAUGUCUAAACUGUGGACAAAUGCCUCAUGAGGGAGAAUGCACGCCCCAGUGCAUCAACUGCCGACGCACUGAUCAUGGGUGUCAAUCUCAUGACUGUGAAACAUGGCAGAAAGAGAAAGAAAUAUGUAGGAUCAAAGUGGAAGAGGAGGUAUCUUUCAGCCAAGCCAGGAAACUGUAUGAUGACCGCCAUGAGCCCCCUGUUCUCAGAAAUUAUGCUGCCACUGUGCGCACUCCACAUAUUACUGGAAGGCAGGAGGAUGAGGAGUUGAAAGGAAAGGUAGAAAAGCUAGAGAAGAAGGUAGAUGAGAUGAUGACAUUGCUCAAAAAACUGACUGAGUCGCAGAUCACAGAAAGUACCUCUAAAGGUGCUGCUAGUACAACAGACACAGUACGUGUAAAGGAAACCCAGAGGGAUGUAUUACAGAGAUCGAGAGGUGAUGAGACAAUGGGAGAUGCUACAACAGACAGUGAUGAAGGGGAGGUGAAUGAUACGAGGAAAACUCAUGAAAUUACGCAACCCAUGGAAAGAGAUGAGGGAGACGAAAUGAUUCAGACAUGUGACUUGACACAGACAAUAGACACAGUGAAAAAGACCAAAGAUGCUGCCAAAUGGCAGACUGUACAAAGGCAAAAGGGUUUAGGACGAGGAAAAGGCAAAACCAAACCACAGGUAUCUGCUUGUCCAGAUACCAUCCCCCCCGCUCCCCCGCUUGUGAGAGCAGGCAUAUCCAAUGAAAGAGCAGGGGACAAACCCAUGACAAGAAAGCAGUCAUGGGUAGAUAUUUCACAAGCGGCAUCAGACAACUGAUUGGAGUGAAUAGUAUAUUCACUAGUAGCUAGUUAGUUUUUCUUU